CCUCUUCUGAUGGCUGCCAAGAACGGACAUGAUGGGAUAGUCAAGCUCCUUUUGCAGCGUCGAGUCCACCUUCAAGACCCAAGAAAUCCAGCGCGAACGCCGCUAUCGCACGCUGCCGAGAGAGGACAUGAGAGGGUUGUGAAGCUUCUCCUCGAGUCCAGUCAGGGAACUAUGCAGUACAGCACAUCCGGGGGCUGGUCCGAAGCUGGGGUCAAUCGCCCUGAUCUGGACCUGGAGUGGACCCCACUAUUCUACGCGACGCAGGGUGGGCAUGAGGGUAUUGUUCAACUCCUCCUCAACGAGGACAUCAAUGUCGACCGUUUGGACAAACGCGGACGUACUCCGUUGUUCUACGCCGCUAUGAACGGAUUUGAGGCAAUCAUUAGGCCUCUCCUAGACGCAGGCAACGACGUUGUUGAUGCGCCAGACUACGCUGGGAAGACGCCGCGUUGGUAUGCUGCUCAGAGUGGACAUGACAGUAUUGUUGAGCUGCUC